CUGCUGUAUUGUCAAAUGAUCCCACUUUAGUGAUAAAAGGAAAUUCUGAAAACUAUUAUUUUUAAUGAUUUCAAUGAUAUCAUGAUAAGUGUGUUAAAUAAUUAAAGCGAUAACGAUGGCUUUUUUGGAGUGGCGAAGAUUUUCAUUUUUCGACAUUCAUAGGAAUGUCGACAACGGAAAAGUUGCUGAGUGCUUGCAAGAUACACAUGUAACAGCAACAACUAGUGGCAACGGGCAUGUUGUCCUUUGUGAUGUAACAGGCUGGGCCCAUCUAAUCUCUCGGUCAUGGGAGGUCACCUCUUUUAAGGCCUACGAACUGACCGUGACACUGGCUCAGCAGUUACCUCACGAUCCUUAUCUUGUCACAAUUGGGGAUGAUGAAGCUGGAGUGCUGCCUCUGAUAAAAGUAUGGGACUGGUCGCGCAGAGACCGGCACGGGAACCCUACAUGCACGCGAGUUUCCCGGGCAGUUCCUUCACACAUGAAACCCACACCUGCCACAGCUCUAGCGGUUCAUGAAAACAAGAAUCUGCUAGCGGUUGGUUUCCUGGACGGGUCGGUGUCACUAUUCCGUGGCGACAUCGCUCGGCAACGUAGCGGGAAAAUGAGGACUUUGCCCGACACUGGCACUAGCCCUAUCACUGCGCUUGCGUUUAAAGGCGCGGACAAGCUGUACGUGGUGUCUCGCGCGGCGGUGAGCGUGGUGUGGCUGGGCGUGGAGCGGUGCGUGGCGCUGGACUGUAUGGGCGCCGCGCCCGCCUGCGCCGUGCUCGCCGACAGCCAGAGGCUCACCAUCGCCAACAAUGAGGCUCUCUACUGCUACACAACAGAAGGUCGAGGCCCUUGCUACGCUCUCGAAGGGGAGAAAGUACGUCUCGACUGGUUCCGAAGCUACCUGGUAAUCACAGCAAACGAGAGCUCCAACAAAUCGACAGCAUCUACAAGCACGGCCCCAAUCCCCAAAUCCCACCAUAUCACCAUACUGGAUAUACAGAACAAAUUUAUAGUUUUCUCAAAAGUUUUUGAAGAAAUCGACGCCGUCCUCACAGAAUGGGGAUCUUUUUAUAUUCUCACGAAGAAUAAAGAAAUGAUUUAUUUAGAAGAAAAGGAUUUACAGUCUAAGCUGACGUUGUUAUUCAAAAAGAACCUCUAUGAUGUUGCUAUUAGGAUCGCUAGUAGCCAGCAUUACGAUGAGGCUGGACUCACUGAGAUUUAUAAGCAGUAUGGUGAUCAUUUAUAUAGUAAGGGAGAUUUGAAAGGUGCGAUAGAGCAAUACGUGAAAACUAUAGGUUGGCUGGAAACCUCAUACGUUAUCCGCAAGUACCUAGAGUGUCGCCACUUGGAGCCCCUUGUUCAAUACUUGGAGGAGCUUCAUAAAAAGAAAGGGUGCGCCACUGAAGACCAUACGACGUUACUACUAACUUGUUAUAUGAAAAUAGACCAACACGACCAUCAAGGAAAACUGAAGGAGUUCAUCAAUUCCAAGGAUAAAGCUAUCGAUUUUGAUGUCGAUGUCGCUAUUAAGGUAAUGCGCCAAGUAAGCGUGGACGACGCGUUGUCUCUAGCGGCAAAUUACAAGCGUCACGAUUGGUACUUGAAAAUGAUGUUGGAAGACAAGAAAGAUUACCGCCAAGCCCUAGAUUACAUAGUCGAGCUGGAGUUUGAGGACGCCGACAUGUAUAUGAAGAAGUACGGACAUAGACUCAUACAGCAUGAGCCGGAGGAAAGCACCAAGUUUUUGAAGUUACUAUGCACAGACUACAAGCCCCGCAGCAAGCCUCUAGUAGACGAGGCAGCCCUGUCAGGGGGCGGCGUGAGACCCCCGGCCUGCGCCCUCCCGGACGACUACAUACACAUGUUCCUCGCAAACUCCGAGCGACUCAUCGACUUCUUAGAGCAUAUGAUAAAGACACAAGAUGAUUGCUCUAAACUUGUAUAUGAUGCUCUGAUCGAACAUUAUAUACAUGUGUGGGCCAAAUCUCCAGAGAGUGAGAAAAAAGAAUAUGAAGAGAAGAUACUAGGGGUUCUGAAAAACCCUGAAGCUAAUUAUGACAAAGACCAGACGCUGAUCAUAUGCCAGAUGCUUGGCUUCCAGGCCGGAGUACUGUAUCUAUAUGAGGAGAAUAAACUUUGGCGAGCGCAAGUAGCCCUGCACUUACGCAGCGGUGAUGCGGAGGCUGCGCUGGCGGUGUGCCGGCGUCGCGGGGCGCUCUGCCCUCGCCUAUGGCUCGACGUACUGGGGGCCGCGCCCCCGCCCUCAGCUCUGCCUGAGCUACUUAACGUUAUCGCCAACGAGAAGUUACUGUCGCCUAUCCUAGUGGUAGACUGUCUCGCUAGCACACCCACUUAUACGCUGGGGGAUGUCAGGAAGUACUUAACGGAGGUGCUAAAAUCGGAAGCAGAAGUGAUAUCCCGUGAACAGGAGCUAGCGUCGAAGUACCGCGAGGACAGCGCGCGCAUGUCGCGGCAGGCGCGCGGCCUGCAGGAGCGGCCCGUCGUGCUGCAGGCGUCGCGCUGCGCCGUCUGCAACAAGCCCCUCGAACUGCCCACGCUGCACUUCCUCUGCCAACACUCCUUUCACCAAAGUUGCUUCACGACAUACGCAGAGUCUGAGAACGAGUGCCUCGUGUGUGCCUCAGGCCGGCGUCGAACCGAUGUCCAGCCGCACGCCGCCGAGGCCUUGCACGCACGACUACACAACGAACAUGACCCUUACGCGGUGGUAUCAGAGUACUACGGUCGUGGUUUAUUCAACAAGGUGACGGUGGUUACUGAGAAUGAGACGGUGGAGCCGCCCGCCCCCGCCGCUCCCGCUCAGCCGGCCGCGCCGGCCCCCGCACCUACCCCUGCACCGCAGCCGUACGGGCCCGGCGCUGAGGCUAAGCUGAGGCUACAAGAAGGACAGAGCAAACAAAUAUUCGUAUCAAACGCAACGAAGCAAGUGGCGCCAAAAGGCACAGCAGUAGUACCAAUGCCGGAAGGCAGAAUGAGAGUCAUAGAACAACACCGCUACAGUUCCAGCUUAGAAGCAAAUAUGAGUAAACUAGAACCAGUACACAAACCGUCCCCUUAUUCCUCUCCAAUCACAGCUAAGAAGAGAAUAGAAGAGAACCAGAGAAGUUUAGGAGUCUCUCCUGUAGUCCAGAAUAAUAUAUCUUCUGCCAUAAGUAAUGGAGCAGGUAAAAAUCCGUUUGAAGAGGACACUUAUGAUGAAACGAAAAAUCCUUUCGCAGAAGAAGCGACGGAACCCACGAACCCUUUCAGUGAAGACGAUGAUUAUGACAGUAACUACAAUCCCUUCUCAUGAAGCUUGGAAUGACGUCACACGGGCGUUAAAAGCUAAGACGAGGUUAGUUACCCAAAACUAUAUCUUAUAUCUCAUAAAUUUAUGGUCGAGUUUUGAGUGGUACUGUUAAAUGUUCUUCAUGAAUUGGUAUUUGAACUUUAAUACAUAGUAUUAAGGUCCGAAAUUUUGUUAACACUCGUCUCGUGUUUCUGGACAAUCGUGUGGAUUCAUUCUAAGACACGUCUGUGAAAGGACGCAAGGUUAUGCUAUAAACGUCUUUAUCAUGUAACAAUAAAGUCGUUUUUAUAAAAGUGCUCCUCUGUACGUCGAAGGAAUCAAAGCGAAUGCAGUAGAUUUCUGAUUUAUUACUGGCCUUAU